AUGCUGGAAGAACCGCCUAUAUUGACGGAAGAAGAAGCCAAAGAAAUUCUAGAUGGCGUUUCCUUCUUCUCGCUGGAGUUUGAUGAUAUUCAAGGCCUGGCAACUUUUAUGCUUGCUCAUGCCAGGCAAUUGCCUGAAAGUGAAUAUGUGAUAGAGGUUUUUAGACGCUACUGCUACGGAGUCGUUCGCUGCGUCGAGGUUGACAGAAAGUGCUCAAAGCGAUUCAUUCCAAACUUUAUCAGCUCAAUUCAACACCUGAAAGACGCUGAAAAAGUGAUUCAAGCAGUCUACGAGGUCCUUCUGUCUCUUCCAAUGAUGCUACAGGCCAGAUGGGAUCUUCUCACAAUGCUGGCUAGUUCUAGAAUGAUUGAAGACCUAGAUGAGGUUCUCUUCAAGGAGGUUAUGUCCUGUUCUCCAGACCAGGACUUGGCUGCCAGAUGCUCUAGUACUAUGCUACAAAUGGCAGCGAACCCUAAAACUUCUGAAAAGGCGGCAGAGAUCGUUUUUAGAGGCCUUACCUCUCCGAUCUUCGCCACCCGUAACAAUGUGACUCGAUCGUGGUUGUGUCGAAUAAUCAACAUGAAAAGCUCUCAAAAGUGCAUUGAGAAGGUUCUAGAGCUGUGUAGAGAGGAGGUGAUAAGGAGUCAUUCCAAAAUGUGGCCUGUUGCGUUUCGAGAGAUCUCUGGACUCACUUGUGUGGAUCUACAAUGGAAACCAGUGCUGGAGGAGGAGCCAUAUGAUACCCUGACGUUUGCACUAAUGGGAUAUUUCUCAGUAUUGCUGGCAUUGAAGCAUAGUUCCAGUCAAGUGCAUGUGAAGCUCAAACAUGACGAUGUCGUUGUGGCCAAAGGAAUCGAAUUCCUGGGCGCCAUCUGCUCGAAACAAGCCUUCACCGUCUGCUCCAAAUACAAAAUCUAUCCUCCCAACCUGGAAAGAGCUGUAAUUAUGGAGAUGACCUCUCCACGCAACCCAGACAUCUACGAUAUCAUUGAUGAGGAUAUGGUGAAGUCGUUCAGCAGUGAGACACAGAUGCACUUCACCAAGGAGAAGCUCAAAUGGCUCAUCACUCAGAAACAGAAUGAGACUAUGACAUUGGAAGCGCAUCGUGCGGAGAUUCUGGCCAAGAUGGAUCAGAAGUUCUAUCCGGCUGAGGAUGAUGGAUCGUUGAGAGUGGAGAUCAAUCUACGUACAGAGCUAGCCGCGCAGAAUACGUUGAAGCGGUUUUUGAAGGUUCAGCACCCAACAGAUGAGUAUCCAUCGGUGGCUGCUGUGAUGGAGCAUCUAUCGCUUCAGGAUAUCGACGAACGGUGGUCCUGUCAGAAGAUCAACAAGAUCAAUGACACGGUCGAGAGAUGUUCAGGGAUCGGGAGUUUAUCAGUGGUCGACUACGUUGGCACGNCGAUCAAGGAAGAAUCCAAGAAAGAGAUCAUGAUUCGGGAGAAGAUCUUCAAAAUGGCAUGUGAUUUGAUGAUUCUGGACGAUGAGAACGCCCGUCCCCUCUCCUUAUACCACUGCUUCAUCGCGACGUGCUACCUGGAGCCUGUCAAAGUUACAGAGGUCUGGAACAUCUGUAGAAGUCUGAAAUCGGGGAUAAAGAAGAGAAAGAUGGCGGAGAUGUUGUCCAAAGUGGUGACGAGUUCCGAGAUCAGAGUUGAACCCGACGUGCUCCACGACAUCAUCGUCUGCUGCCUGGGUAUUCAUCCCUUCCGUUUUGAUAUCGAAUCCACGCAGCUCUUCGUGGCAGCAGUUUCGAAACUUCUAGCGUUCCGAAACGAAUCAGAAAGGAUUAUGCUUUUCGAGGCGAUUGCAGAUCAGCCGGAGAUCCUAGAUUUGGUAAGAAUCCAAGAGAUCCUGUGUCACAGUGCCGAUCAGUUCUCCAGUGCCGCCUUCCAAAUGGUUCUCUUCUUCUUCACUCGUUUCCACGUCGGAGCCAUCGAGUUCUACCCCGAGGAGCAUCUAAGAACCAUCUCUCAAAUUGUGAACUUUUGCCACUGGUCCAUCCGGAAGUUUGCCGGCGAGACGAUGAUGUUGAGCAUAGCGAUUGACGCGAUUUGUGGAUUCCUCCCAUGGAGUUAUUUGAGGGAGAAGGCGUUGUUGAAGGAUGGAGGAGCUGAUGAGAUAGAGGAUCCUGUGGAGAAACUGAUUGUCAGGAAUUUAAGGCAUAAUCGGUUUUGCGUUCUCCUCUCCGAACACGACAAAGACGAUGUCAUGAUGACGAUAGAGGAUUUCGAGCUACUUCCACAAGCUCAGUUUAUAGUGGAGAUUUUGAAGAAUAAGGAUAAGGGAAAGGAACCGCUCAACGCGUUGGCUCAAAAACUGGCAAAACUCGUGGUGGCUGCCAAGUCGUUUGAGGAGAUUCAUGCGGUUUGGUUGGCCUAUGGACUACUGUCUGAUAAGGCGGUGGAGUUGAUUGAGGAGGCCGAGAAGUAUAAGGGGAAAGAAAAAGACUGGAAACUUCGCUAUCCAUCGCGCACGCUCAUGGACUCGCUGGUCGACGCUGGCGCCGGAUUCCACACCACUGUUUCGGAUCUUCGAAUGGCAAACUCAUGGCUGGAUAAAGGUCUCGGCAAGAUUCAAAUCCUCACUGAUAAGAAGUUCUGCCUAGAGGAUUGCCCUCCUUAA